GCAAGUUACAGAAAUCGAAGACAGCUAAAGAAGAAAACAACACUAGUAACAACGGGGUGUAUUACAACAUUGCCGGCGACAAUAGCUCAACUGUGAUCUCUCUUGAUGAACUGCCCCAGUUCAUGAAGCUGACAGACACGGCCUUUUUCGAGAACCAGUUUUUGGCUAUCCCAAACAACCAGACUGCAACUAUGGAUGUGGGCCUGAGUGCAGAGAACAAAGACAAGAACAGAUACAAGAAUAUCUGUGCCU